UGGAUGCUGUCUCCUACAACUUUUUUUGUUUUGGUAAUUGAAUGUGACUGUGAAAACAAUGGGGUCAUGGGGUUCUGACUUCUGACACUGAACAUGUUUCAGGGUACUGUGGACUCUGUGCUUUUAACGCGUAAAUAAAAACUCUGCUUUAUAUAUUAUCAUGCUUAUUGUUAUAGCCUCUUAGUUCUUCUUCCAAAAGUAUAGUAACUAGUAACUAGUAACUAGAUAGAUAGAUAGCCAUGGCAGACUUCAAGCACUUUGUGAUUGUGAAGUUCAAGGAAGGUGUUGCUGUUGAAGAUCUCACCAAAGGGAUGGAGAAGUUGGUCUCUGAGAUUGAUGCUGUUAAGUCCUUUGAAUGGGGACAGGACAUUGAAAGCUUAGAUAUGCUGAGACAAGGUUUUACUCAUGCAUUCUUGAUGACAUUUGGAAAUAAAGAAGACUUUGUUGCAUUUCAGAGCCAUCCAAAUCAUGUUGAAUUCUCAGCAACAUUUUCAGCAGCUAUUGAGAAGAUUGUGGUGCUGGAUUUCUCAUCUACCCUUGUCAAGAAGGCACCAGCAUGAUCCUACUUAUAGUACAAUAAUAAUAACAGUAAUAAUGAUAAGGAUUGUUCCAUCUUUGAAAAAUGCUUGAUCUCUUUAUUACCAAAAUGUAUGUUAUUUGCGUGUGCUUGCAUUGUGUCCACUGUUUGUAGUUCAGUUGUGCUUUAUUUAGUAUGUUCCUACAUGAUUUCCUGCAAUUUGAAAUCUUAUGAAUUCAAUGCUGAACUCUUUUUUUGCCUUUUAA